GGUCACCCAACGAUGGUCAAGUCAUACUUAAAAUUCGAGCAUUCGAAAACGUUCGGGCUCAUUACGUCCGCGACGUCGAAUGCUGUCUGGGCCCCAGACGAUGGGAUCGCAGGCGCUGCUCGCCGCACGGGCUCCGGAAGGGCUUUCGUCGGGGCCGGUGAGGAUGUUUUGUGUUGGGAUAUAAAGAAGGGGGAGUUGCUGGGGAAAUGGCGAGACUCGGCGUGUAAAGCGCAGGUCACCGCGAUCACCCAUAGCCCGACUGAUGAGGAUAUUUUUGCGGUCGGAUACGAAGAUGGAAGCAUUCGCGUCUGGGACUCGAGAACCGCCACGGUAAUCAUCUCUUUCAACGGCCAUAAGACCGCCAUCACGGAGAUCGCGUUCGACAGCACUGGCGCCCGCAUUGCGAGUGGUUCGAAGGACACGGAUAUCAUUGUGUGGGAUCUUGUGGCGGAAGUCGGACUCUUCAAACUCCGAGGACACACCGACCAAGUCACGUCGCUUCACUUCCUCACUCCGUCCCUGGAGAUGCUCAAUGAGGCCGGACUUGGUGAGCACGCCGGGUUCCUGAUCACGACCGGCAAAGAUUCUUUGAUCAAGGUGUGGGAUUUGGCUUCGCAACAUUGCAUUGAGACGCAUGUGGCACAGUCCAACGGCGAGUGUUGGGGUUUGGGCCUGUCCCCGGACCAGAGUGGCUGUAUCACUGCCGGCAACGAUGGAGAGCUGAGGGUCUGGUCGAUCGACGAAAGCGCUGCGAUCACGAUCUCCAAGGAAAAGGUCGGGUCGGAGGACAUGAAGAUCUUGACGGACAGAGGCACAUUUUACCGGAAUGGAAAGGACCGCACGAUCGGUAUCAGCUUUCACCCGCGCGCUGAUUACGUCGCGUUCCAUGGGUCCGAGAAGUCUGUCGAGAUUUGGCGGAUUCGCUCUGCCACGGAGAUUCAGAAGGCUUUGGCGAGGAAGCGCCGGAGAAGAAGGGAGAAGGAGGCUCUGAAGGCCGCCGAGAAGGGCGAGUCUACUCCGGCAGCGGACGACGACAAAGUGGACGACAUCUCCUCGGCACCCGUGUCGGAAGUUUUUGUCUCGUACGUGAUCGUCCGAACCGGCGGAAAGGUGCGCUCCUUUGAUUGGAUUGGAAGCAAGUCGACUGGCAACCUCCAGCUGCUUGUCGCGACCACCAACAAUCAACUGGAGUCCUACAAUGUCGCCAUGGCCAAUAAGAAGAACAAGGACGAGGAUGAGUCGGAGUACACUCGAAACCUGGCGGUCGAUAUUCCGGGACACCGCACCGACAUUCGGUCCAUUGCUCUCAGCUCGGAUGAUCGAAUGUUGGCGUCUGCUUCGAACGGCAGCCUCAAGGUCUGGAACACUCGGACGCAGAGCUGCCUGCGUUCCUUGGAAUGCGGCUACUCUCUCUGUUCCGCCUUCCUUCCUGGCGACAAAAUUGUCGUCGUUGGAAACAAGGAGGGGCAGCUCGAAGUCUUUGAUAUUGCCUCCUCGACUCUCCUCGAGACGAUCAACGCCCACGAUGGACCGGUGUGGUCGCUCCAUGUUCAUCCCGAUGGAAAGUCCUUGGCGAGCGGUAGCGCCGAUAAAUCCGCCAAGUUCUGGAACUUCCAAGUGGUCCAGGAAGAAAUUCCCGGUACGAAGCGGACCACGCCGCGCUUGAAGCUUGUCCACACGCGGACGCUGAAGGUCGCGGACGAUGUUCUGAGUCUCCGUUUCUCGCCCGAUGCUCGGCUCUUGGCUGUUGCCAUGCUCGACAACACCGUCAAGGUGUUCUUCACCGACUCGUUGAAGCUCUUCCUGAACCUUUACGGCCACAAACUCCCUGUGUUGAACAUGGACAUUUCAUACGACAGUAAGCUCAUUGUCACCUGUUCGGCUGAUAAGACGGUCCGUCUGUGGGGUCUGGACUUCGGUGACUGCCACAGGGCAUUCCUGGCCCACGAAGACAGUAUCAUGGCGGUGGCGUUUGUGCCCACCAACAAGGAAGGAAACGGGCACAACUUCUUCAGUGCCAGCAAGGACCGCACCAUCAAGUACUGGGACGGCGACAAGUUCGAGCAGAUCCAGCGACUGGGCGGCCACCACGGCGAGAUCUGGGCCAUGGCAAUCAGUCAAACCGGCGAGUUCGUCGUCACCGCCAGUCACGACAAGAGCAUCCGCACCUGGGACCAGACCGACGAGCCGCUCUUCCUCGAAGAAGAGCGGGAGAAGGAACUCGAGGAGGUGUACGACAACACCCUGACCGCGUCUUUCGAGCAGGAAGACGACAAAGAUGGCGAGAAAGCCGAAGCCGUCGACGCCGGCAAGCAGACCACCCUGACCCUCAUGGCCGGUGAACGCAUCAUGGAAGCCUUAGAGCUAGGCAUGGAAGAUCUCGAGAUCGUGCGCGAGUGGCGCGCCAUCAAAGCCAAGCAGCCCAACGCAGCCCCUCCCACGCGCAACCCCCUCUACAUGGCGCUAGGCAACAUCUCCGCAGAGAAGCACGUCCUGAGCGUCGUGCAGAAGAUCCCCGCCGCAUCUCUCCAAGACGCACUGCUCGUCCUGCCCUUCUCCAAGGUCCCGCCGCUGUUCACCUUCCUGAAUAUCUGGGCCACGCGCGAGUGGAACGUGCCCCUCACCUGCCGGAUCCUCUUCUUCAUCCUCAAGACGCACCACCGCCAGAUCGUCGCCAGCAAGACCAUGCGUCCGAUGCUGGACAGCAUCCGGUCGACGCUGCGGCGGGUGCUCGCGCGCCAGAAAGACGAGAUGGGCUUCAACCUGUCUGCGCUGCAGUUCAUCAGCAACCAGGUCAAGGAGGAAAGCACCAAGGACUACAUCGACGAGGAGCUCUACGAGAAGCAGCAGCGGACGACGGGGACCGGCAAGAAGCGCCAGUUUAUCAGUGUUGCCUGAACUUGAACUUUGAACUUGAACUUGGUCCAGGUCUAUUGUCUAUCCUGUUGUAAAAAGAGCAUAUUCAUGGCGUUGUGAGGUGUUGGUUCAUGGGCUACUUCUACCAAAAGUUAUAUAUCCGGGAGUUUACAAGACGCUUUUUUCUACCUAGGAGGGUGUAGG